UUGUGCGUUAACCUUUAAGGAAUUGAAGGAAGGUUAGGCCCGACCUAACCAAACCAAAAAUAAUAUCUGACAAAAAUAAACUGUUUACAAUACUUGGAGUAUUCAAUUCAGAAAAUAUCUGAAUUUCAUGUUUUUUCUAUAAUUUAAGUUGUAGAUAAAUAAUGUCGCACGUGCAAUAUGUCGAUGAAUUGAUUAAAGAAUAUCUCCUCUUUAGGGGGUUCACUCAAACAUUAAAAUCAUUUGAUAAUGAAUUAAAAAUGGAAAAGGAAAAAGGUUUUCGGGUUGACAAAAUUGUUGACCAACUAAUGCAGCAUAUUUACAAUUAUGAGCUUUUGUCUCUGCGCGAACUAUGGGGGCAUUUAGACAGAAGAAUGUUUAUAAGAUUGGAAAAUCAUUUUAUACCGGGAAUAAAAAAGUUGGAAAAUUCAGUACUAAAAAUGUACCUUAUUAACGCUGCAGUCAACAACAAGCAAGAUCGCAUUCAAGAGUUUUUUGUCAAAAUGGCAUCUGAAUUACAAGGACAAAUGGAAUGGAAGGAAUGGUUUGCGUUGCCGUUUGUAAAAAAUCCAGAAGAUAAUCCAAUUUAUUCCGUUUACUUCAGUCGUCACUGGCAAGAAACUAUGCUAGUUUCGUUACAUAAUUUUAUCGCUACAAUUUUUCAAUACAUGCAUUUACCAACAUUACUUACAAUCGAUGAAGAUACGAAUAAAUUUAAAAGAUUACAAGAAGAAAAUGAUGCUUUGAGACAAAUAUUAAGUGAACUGACGAAAGGGGAAAGUUUGGUAGACGUAAAUUCUGGUUCGACUCCUCAACAACUUCCAAUUAUGGAUGACUUUUAUAUUAUUGCCCAAGAAUCCCCUUUGCUCGACAAUCCUAAAUCGUUGAAGAGUUUAAUUAGAAACAUAGGUGGAGGAUCUAGUCCAAUUUUAAACAGAAAGUCUCAACCAAAUGUGAAGAAGCUGGGUGAUUCUGAAAUCGCUAUUACUAAGCGAACAAAUAUGAAAGGAAGAUUGACAUCUUUGAGUAAAUCAGAAGUAAUUAGUAAAAGAAGUAUAAGUUGUGAUUCAAGGCUUACUAGAAAGAGAGAUUCAUCUGUGGACGCUGAGAAGAAAAUUAAAGAAAAAAUAGACAUCAAUUAUUCUCUUUUGACACAAGAAGAAUACUUAGAACAUAAAACUUCAAUUCUUCAAUGCAAAUGUAAUACCAAUGGGUCCUGUGUAGCAACAGGAGAUGCUGAUGGAGUUAUCAAGGUCUGGGUACCGACUCCUACACCAAAAACAAUAGCCACAUUCUCUGCAUCGGCUGUAAAUUUCAAUAAAGCAGUUACAUCCUUAGAUUGGAUUUCAAAAAAUGAACGUUACUUCAUACACGGAGACAAUCAUGGCCUAAUUCAAUUACACGAUACACGUGACAUCAAGACAAUUUGGAAAAUUCAACAUGAAGGAUCGCGUGUUCUUAAAUUAAUUUGCAAUCCUGCAGAGUCCAAUUUUAUUGUCUCAUUGUCAGAUUCCAAUGAAGGAAGACUGCUUUUGUACGAUAUUAAAACAAAAAAAGUUGAACGAAGUCUUCCAAUGGAGAAGAAUUUAAAUGCCCUCUGUUCGACCUUUAAUCACAAUGGACAGUUACUAAUCACGGGUCUUUCUAAUGGCAACGUGUUGAUUCACGACCUCAGACGAAACGAAGUUAUUGAUAAUUUUAAUUGUUAUUCUAAUCCUGUUAUUGAUAUAGAACUAGUGAAUGAUUUUACAAACAUUUGUACAUUAAGCGAGGAUGGUAAACUGUGUCAAAGAAGCUUAAAUCAAACCAGUAAAGUGCUCUGGGAGUCUAAAGCCAAAAUUGAAAAGAAUCUUGUUCGAGGAAAAAUAUUCUGCUUUGAUCAAAGUGGCAGUAAUAUGUUACUUUGUACGCAAAGUGGCGGAAUCAUUUGCAAGGUACCACCAUCAAAUCCGGGAAAGGUUUUGCAAUUAGGAGGACAUAAAGGAACAUUAUGUUGCAAUUGGUCGAACAAUAACCAAUCAGGAAUUUGUAUUACGGGUGGCGCAGAAGGCAAAGCGAGAGUGUCCACAUUACAGGCACAUUAAUUUAUUCAGACAUGAACUGCAGUCCAAUUAAGUCCAUCGUAAAAAUGUUUGGUGAUUAUGUAUAUAAUGAAAUGGUAAAAUAUUUUAAUAUUAUUAUAAUAUUAUAAACGCCUACCCUACUAAAAAUUACCACAUAGUUUACCAUACUUCUCGUUAUAUCAAGAUUCAAGUGUAAUCUUAAUUGAAAAUCGUUACUAAACUUUUUGGGAUACAGAACUAAAAUUUAAUAUUUCUUCCUACGAUGAUAUAAAUCAUUCAAAUUGUUUUAUAUACUCAGUCCGAAAUGUGAAUUUUCAUUUUCCUCCUUGAAGUUGAUUUUGAUGCUUCUGAAAGUUUUAAUGGAUUAAAACUUGUCACGCGGGGGUUUUCGAGGUCGCUGAUUACGAACCCGAUGUUUGUUUUUCAAAAUUCAAAUUGGCGGAUCCAAUAUGGCGGACAAACCUUUUUAAUUUGUUCGGAUUCGUGAAAAUUGAUUUUUUCGACCCGUAGGUGUCUUUUAACUUUCCCUGUCACAUAUGAUUUUGUAUGUAGUAAAUCAUGUGAUAAUUUUUAAUAGGGAUAGGCAGUUAAUUAACCGGCGGACAAUAGAUAAAUAUGCGUAAUUAUUACUUAUAUUCCUCUAUUGACCGAAGUAAUUCCGAUUGAAAUCUGAAAUCACGUGGAAAUUACCUGAUUUCGUAAGCCAUCUUGAUUCUUUAUUUCUUUUUUAAUCAUUCGUUAAAACAGACAAAAUGAAAAAUGGUUUCCGAAAGCACACUGUUCGACAAUGAUUUUGCCCCUUGAAUAAUUCUUGUUACUUUCGAAAGAUUUUAUCACGCUGAUUACGAAUCUUAAAAAAUAUGCUUUUUUCACUUUUUAACACUAAUUUUUUCAAAAAAUUGACAUGACAGGGCAUUUAUUUUUAUUCGCAAAUUCGUAAUCUACGAAACAAAAUCUAUCGAAAGUGAUCAGAAUUAUUUAAGGGCAGAAAAAGAUUCAUUUUUGUCCGACAGUGUUAUUUACAACUCGAUUUGAUAAAAAUAAGUAUUGAUGUAAUUAUUAUUUUGGACUCCACAUCCAAUAGUCUCUGUGUAAUCGUUUUGAAGCUAGUUUAAAGUAUAACCACAUGAAGAAAGUUAAUAUUUAUAAUAUUAAUUUUUAAUUAUAGUGUAAAAUUUAAAUUAUUGUAGUGUAUGUGAAUUUAAUAUAUUUUAUAGUUUUUUA